CUGGCGCCAUCCUGAAAGAAUGCCUUCACUGUAAAAAAAAAAAAAAAAAAACAGAGCGAGAGAGUAGAGAGAGUUCAUAGAGAGAGAGAGAGAGAGAGAGAGAGGGAGUGUGUGUGAGAGAGAGAGCUGCUACUGCGCAUAAACACAGAUUUGACCUGUGGGUUUUAACUUCGAUCUUUAGACAGUAUGCAGUAAUUCACCAACUGCAAGCGAGGUUGGUUCCAAACGCCGCUACAACUUGUUGCGCUUACUUUUCAAUAGGCUGUUGAAACUUUGGGGGAGAAAAGUUGAGGAUUUCAGAGAGAACCUGGAUACGACCGGACCUUUUUUGACAGCGUAUGCGUGUAAUAUGUAAAUGUGACCAAAGGCAAUUGAUUUAAAAAGAAGAAACCUGUGGAUUAAACGUCGCUGGAGUUUGGACAGAUACUUUUUUCUUUUCUUGCUUGUGUUAUACCGAUUCUUUUUUGUGUAUAUGAACAUUUGCUGCCAACAAUGGAAGUAACUGCGGAUCAGCCCCGGUGGAUGGGCCAUCACCACCCAGCGGUACUGAACGGUCAGCAUCCCGACACACACCACCCGGGUCUCGGCCACUCGUACAUGGACCCCUCUCAGUAUCCCCUCACCGACGAUGUGGAUGUACUGUUUAAUAUCGAAGGACAGGGCAACCACGUCUCCCCGUAUUACGGAAACUCCGUCAGAGCCGUCCAGAGAUACCCGCCUCCCCCUCACAGUAGUCAGGUGUGUCGUCCACCCCUGCUUCACGGUUCGCUGUCCUGGCUGGACAGUAGCAAAGCCCUCGGCACGCACCACAGCACGUCCCCGUGGAACUUGAGUCCCUUCCCUAAGACUUCGCUCCACCACGGCUCUCCCGGGGCCCUUUCUGUCUACCCGCCGACAUCGUCCUCCUCGCUGUCAGCCGGUCACUCCAGCCCGCAUCUCUUCACCUUUCCCCCGACUCCUCCUAAAGAUGUCUCACCGGAUCCGGGGAUCUCUACCCCGGGCUCAAGCAGCUCCGGCCGCCAAGAGGAAAAAGAGUGCAUUAAGUACCAGGUGUCCCUACCAGAAAGCAUGAAACUGGAGUCGGCCCACAGCCGGAGCAUGGCCUCAAUUGGUGCGGGAGCAUCAUCCGCUCACCAUCCCCUCGCCACUUACCCAUCCUAUGUCUCAGACUACGGCCCAGGCCUCUUCCCACCAAGUAGCCUGAUAGGUGGGUCAUCUUCUAGUUAUGGUUCCAAAACAAGACCAAAAACAAGGUCCUGUUCAGAGGGUAGAGAAUGCGUUAAUUGCGGAGCCACUUCCACCCCUUUGUGGAGGAGAGAUGGCACAGGUCACUAUUUGUGUAACGCCUGCGGACUCUAUCACAAGAUGAACGGACAGAACCGGCCACUUAUCAAACCCAAGAGACGGCUGUCUGCAGCUAGAAGAGCAGGAACAUCGUGCGCAAACUGUCAAACGACCACGACAACUCUUUGGCGGAGAAAUGCAAACGGGGACCCUGUCUGUAACGCGUGCGGGCUGUACUACAAACUGCACAAUAUUAACAGACCACUGACCAUGAAGAAGGAGGGCAUUCAGACCCGAAACCGCAAGAUGUCCAGCAAGUCCAAGAAGAGCAAAAAGUCCCACGACAGCAUGGACGAGUUCUCCAAGAGCCUCAUGGACAAGAACAGCUCCUUCAGCCCCACGGCCCUGUCCAGACACAUGACCUCCUUCCCCCCCUUCUCACACUCCGGCCACAUGCUGACCACCCCCACGCCCAUGCACCCCUCGUCCAGCCUGCCCUUCGCACCCCAUCACCCAUCCAGCAUGGUCACCGCCAUGGGGUAGGCGUGCCCUUGCUGACGGACAGUACUACAUUGGUUCCUCUCCCACCCCCACCCCCACGCACCCCCCCUCCCCACCCCAAUCCCCCAACCCCGCACCCCCUACCCCCCUUCCCCUCCUACCUACCCACCAACCCAGCUAGACUCUGACCAAUCCGUGCCCAUCCCCCCCCCCCCCAUCCAAAAAUGAACAAGUUGUACCUCUGAAACUGAGAGCCCAGAAGGCUGAACAGCUGCCUCUCUGCUUCAGGAGGCCGGUGUCUCCGUGCUGGGGAAACCGCCACCACUGCUCCUGGAGCUAGCCGCGUCCGUGUGUCUGUGUCUGCAACCAACCACUGAAUCCCGAAUCCAUUUGUGUACAGAAGCAAUUUUUUCCACAAAUAAGGUAAAGACAACAGACUGCCUGUUUUUCCUCAGCCCCACUCACACCCCCACUCCCCCCACCCCCACAUCCCACCCCGCCCAUCCCUUGUCACCCCCCUGUGAAACAGGGGUUCCCCUGUACUGUGAAAAAAAGAGAGAGGAGGAGAUGAACUUUGAACAUAUUUGUACAGAUUGUAUGAAAUACAGUACAUUUAAUGAAGACUUUUUAAAUGAAAAAAAAAUGCCCAUGGGCAGCUACGACGAGAAGGGUACGAUUCGCGGCAGGAGGAGAGACCAUCAGAGAAGCAUGUCGCAGUAGGAAGGCCUGCCUGUGGCUCCUGGUUCGAAAGAGAAAAGUCGCCGAUGCAAACUGCCUGGCCUCCUUAUUUUCCUGGCAGGUGUUAUUUUAUGCAUUAAAACCGUUUAGACAGAUUGAUCACGCAGAGUGCAGGAGUCCCUGUAGGACGUGCUAUAGGUCCUGGGCUAUUUGUUUGUUGACACACAUACGCACGCUGGCCCGCACGCACGCACGCACACACACACACACACGGACAUGCACGUAUGCACAUCCACACACACAUGCACACACACACACACACACACUCACACACACAUGCACACACGCACACGCACACACGUAUGCAGACAUAUACACACAGUCACACACACACAUACACACGCACACACGCACACACACUCACACACACACAUAUACACACACACUCACACACACACAACACCUACAAACACAACACCACACUACAAGAAACACAUACACACACACACACACACACACACUCAUAGACACAUGCACAUUGCCAUGCAGCUCACCUGAAAGACAUUCUUCCGGCCCACAGAUUAUAUGCAUUGUGAACAAGUUCCUGUAUUUGUUAUCUGUAUGUAUAAUUCAGAGUACCAAAAAUAUGAAAGAAACAAAGAUGUAGAAUUAUUUCUUUAUGUAAUGCAGACUGAAUGGUUGUAUAAAUUUAAUAAUUGCUAGUGUAAAAAAAAGACUGCUUUUUUGUUUCGUAAUUUUUUUUUCUUUCUUUGAAAAAAAUAAUAAACUAGUUUAAACUCUGUUGACAUCACAUUGGCCUCCACUGGAUAGAACCUUUAUUUUUGUGUGUCUGGUGUUUGACAUGAUGUUUCCCUACCUGCAGAUGCAGUCUGUAUUUACCCAACAUCCACCAUAACAGCUCUGUCACUGCACAAACAGGAAGUACAGAAAUAAACAGUGACUCCAGGAGAUUAUAAGCUAAAGCUCUUGCAGAUAUGAAUAUAAUGACUAGCACAGUGCACUCCUCUUAUAAAAUACCCAUUCUCCAAUGGUAUUUGAUUAUUAUUAGCAGGGUAUUAGGAUGGGGGCUCUGAUUGGUUGAAGAGAGCAACAGAUUUAAGUAAUUGUUCAAGGCUGAUUUUUUUUUCAGCGAUUCUCCUAUGCUGACCACGUAGUGGUUGAUUUAAAAAAACAAUGUGCUGUUGAGUGUUGGUCUUCUCAGUGUGUGUCAGAGCACAUAUGUUAGGCCCAUACAAGGAUAAACAAGAUUACGUCGGAAACAGUAAUUAUGUAAAUCACUUAUAAAUAGCCAUUAUGCUUUACUAAAGGAAUUCAAUUCUUAUUUAAACUAAGAUGAACUGGUUAAUAGUUUGUCUUCUCAUUGCGGAACAAAUUUGAGAACUGCUGCUUGAAAUAAAAUUUUAUAUUAAUGAUAGACAGGUAAUUAUAUUUAACAAGGUAGAUGAGGAUCCCAAACAAUAAUUCAUUGUAAAUACGUCAACUUGUUUUCCCCUGAAUUAUUUAAAAAAACACUGCCAUGCAAAUUCCUGUUAAUAAAGGUAGAAGGAAAAAAUUGGAAUACAAUACGAGGAUGUAAAAAACUAAUCUGAAAUGGUGUGCUCAGAAGCAAGGGUGUUUUAUUUAGAAGUGUUUUGAACAUAUGGUAUGAGGACCUUGCAUUGUUUUUAAAGGUUCCUGACAUCUGCUUUGGCUACACACAGCAUUCAAUGCAUUGGAACAUCUUUCUUUGACCUCACACCAUUAAAUAAGAGUCAUUUUAUAGGUCCUUUCAUAUGACUUCGAUUUUGCAUAUUAUUUAUUAUUCUUCCCAGUUGUUUUCAUUGUGACCGCCAUGAAAGCCCUUUUCUGUUUUGCCAAGAUAAAACAGCUCAGGCGAACAAAAUAUCAAAGUGAUUUCAACAUUGACAAGACCGGUGGCUGACGCCAGCACCUGUGUAUUAUGUGGAAGUCACUCUGUGAUGGAAUAUUGAUGUUGUCAUCCUGUUAUAAGUUAGAUUUGGGUUCUUCAUGCACACCAAAAAACAAUUUAUGAACAAAGAGUUUGUAAUAUAUAUAUAUAGGUCUGGGACAGUGCCUUUGUAAAGGACAGAACACUGAAGAAAGUGAUGAUGAUGAAUUCGUAAGUAAUUCGAUAUUUGCAUGGAUGUAGUGUUGCUGUAUGUGUGCAGGAUCAAAAGAGGAACUUUGUUUUCAUUUGUACCUCAAAACCAACCCUAUUGUAGCUCAUUUUCCUCGGUACAUGAAUUGAGAACUUCCUCUUUCUUUCCAAGGUUGAAACUAAACAUAUUUAAAUGUUCAGUUAUAUAUAUAUAUAUAUAUUGCUAUAAAUAACUCAACCUCUCUCCCUCUCCCAAGCAAGUAUGUAUAUAUUCACAUGGAAUAAAACGGGAGACAUAUAUUCCAAGUGUAAUUUGUUAGUGGCAUUAUUUGAAACAUUCUCAUAUGGUACAUUUUAAGGACCAAGAAACCUUAUUGUAUGAUUUUAUCAAGAGGAGUGCAUUGUGUUCAAUUUGAAAGCAUCUGGUUUAAGUUUGGCUUUCUAAAAAAAAGAGUAAUAUCCCUUUUCAGCUGACUUCUCUCCCUAUUAUAUUCAGACAGGCUGUAAAGGCUUACUUCCAGCUAACACAUAACAUGCUUGGAACAUUGCUGCAAGAUCGCUGCGAUGCUAGCAGAAUGUUAUGUUUCAGCUGGGCACAUUCAGAAAUAGAACAACCUUUGUCUUUGUUUUAGAUCUUAAUUGAAUUUCUUUUUUAUUUAUAGUAUGAAGCAAAUGCUCGUUGCUGACUUGGUGUGUUCCUUAAUGAGUCAGAUUAAAAUGGAUUUUAAUCGUCUUUUUGGCCUGAUCUGUUUUCAUUAGCAAACUGUCUGUUUGAAGGACGGGGACACCAAAAAGGUGAAUGACACACCCACUGAAGACAGCCAAUUGAAUUAAUUUUGUUAUAUUUAGUCAUGGACUAAUAAAACAGAACUUUCAACAAUAAAUGUGCAUUGUACAUGUUUCAUCUUUGCAAUUAAAGUGCUUAUAGUACCAA